UUUCAAAACAACUCCGUUCUGUCAAGACAUCGUCUCCAAAAAGGGCAAAAAGAGGUCAGAGAUCGAGAUGGGUUCGAUAUCGAGCGAGACCCGGGAGGGUUCGACCCAAGUCCCCAACGACGACGAAACCCUUUUAUUCGCCAUGCAACUUGCUGGCGCGGCCGAGCUGCCCAUGGUCCUCAAGACGGCUCUCGAGCUCGACCUCCUCGAGAUCAUGGCCAAGGCUGGGCCCGGUGCACGCAUCUCUCCCAGUGAGAUAGCGUCUCAACUCCCAACCGAGAACCCGGACGCGCCCGCAAUUCUCGAUCGGAUCCUGCGCCUCCUCGCGACCAACUCCAUCGUCUCGUGCACUGUGCAGGAACUCCCCGAUGGGCGGGCCGAGAGGCUCUACGGGGUCGCUCCGGUAUGCAAGUUCUUGACGAAGAACGAGGAUGGCGUUUCGGUCGCCCCUUUGUGUCUCAUGAACCACGAUAAAGUCCUCAUGGAAAGCUGGUACCACUUGAAAGAUGCAAUUCUUGAAGGAGGAGUCCCGUUCAACAAGGCCUAUGGAAUGACUGCAUUCGAGUACCCCCGUACCGAUCCAAGGUUCAACCAACUAUUCAACAAAGCCAUGUCUGAUGUUUCGAACAUCACCAUGAAGAAGGUCCUUGAGACGUACAAAGGCUUCGAGGGCCUCGAGUCGGUGGUCGACGUCGGUGGCGGAACUGGCGCCGUCCUCAACAUGAUCGUCUCCAAGUACCCCACCAUUAAGGGCAUCAACUUUGAUUUGCCUCACGUAAUCGCGAAUGCUCCGUCCUAUCCUGGUGUCGAGCACGUCGGAGGAGAUAUGUUCGUUAGUGUUCCUACAGGAGAUGCAAUUUUCAUGAAGUGGAUAUGUCACGAUUGGAGCGACGAUCAUUGCUUGAAGUUCUUGAAGAAUUGCUACAACGCUCUCCCGGAACAAGGGAAGGUCGUAGUGGCCGAGUGCAUCCUUCCCGAGCUCCCGGACACGAGCUUCGCGGCCAAGGUAGCCUCUCAGGCCGACCUGAUAAUGAUGGCGCACAACCCCGGUGGGAAGGAGCGGACAGAGAAGGAGUUCGAGGCGUUGGCCGAGGCCGCGGGGUUCAAGGGUUUCCGCGUCGCGUGCAUCGCCUUCGAUCACGUCAUGGAAUUCCUCAAGAAUUAAGGAUUGAUUGAGCUUAAUGGGACGGAACAUGUAGACGCAUUGGACAAUGGAGAGAGUUAUAUCUAGCUUCUUGUGAUUAGCAAGAGCAUAAUAAAAUGGUAGACCCAAUGUUGAGGCGGUAAUUUAGUUGCGUGUGCUGAGCAAAUCGGAAAAAUGGUGCGAAAAAUUGUUUAAGGCAUUUAGCAUAGCCGUCGUGUAUGACGGAUCAAUUAUAUUGUUUGAGUCACCUACAACUCAUCCUAUGUGACGCUUAGAUUUCGAAAUCGAGCAGAUCAUGAAAUAAGUUGUAAUACGUAACAUCACGCAUCGUUUCAUUUA